AUGACGAUGUGUUUUGCACUGUUGCUGCUGAUCUGCUCUCUCUCCGCAGCUCAGCUUCAAACAGAGCCUGACAACAACAUUAUUGCAUAUGGAAAGCAAACUGAAUCCCAGGGAAGAGAACCAACAAAUGUCUCUGACCACCAACAGACCUGCACACAAGACAUCAAUGCUGUACUGAGAGAGUUAAGCGCCUCGUUGGCUGAACAGAAGGUGGAGAUGAGGCACUUACAAAGAGAGAAUGAAGUCAAACAGGUGGCUUUCUCAGCAUCUCUGUUGGCUUCAGGCUCAGGAACUAUUGGACCAUUUAACGCACACACUCCUCUGGUCUUCAGAAACGUUUUCACAAACAUCGGAAAUGCCUACAACCCAAACACAGGUUUUUUCAUUGCACCAGUAAGAGGAGCCUACCAUUUUGAGUUCUACAUAGGUGCACAUGGACAUACUUCACAUCCUUCAAGUGCUGUGUUGUUCAAGAAUGGAGAGCAUAUUGUUAUUGCAUAUGAGCAUCAGCCGUCCUACUAUGGCAACUCUGCGAAUGGCGCCACGCUGCUUCUGGAGAUCGGAGAUGUUGUGUUUUUGAAUCUCUGGGUGAACGCAAGAAUAUUUGACAAUGAAAAUCAUCAUAGCACCUUCAGUGGUAAUCUGCUUUUCACCAUGUAA